CUGACACGUGAUCAAUCCCGCUGCUGUGAUUGGUUGAGAAGGCGGCAAUUUAUAUGUGGGGCAAAGGUAGCGUUUAAGUCUGUUUAUGUAGCGUCGCCUGUCCACUGGUGUUGUAACGAUGCUGUUCACCAAGGUUCUCAAAGCCAGUGUGCGGUCUGGGAUACGGCUGCAGAGCUCCAGUGCAGCUGCUGCUACAGCAUCUCACAGCAGCCAGCCAGCAGGAAUUGGCUUCUCAUUUGAGCUGACAGAGCAGCAAAGGGAGUUCCAGCAGCUGGCGAGGAGGUUUGCACGUGAAGAGAUUGUCCCUGCUGCACCUGCUUAUGACAGGAGUGGUGAGUAUCCUGUCCCCAUCAUCAAGAAAGCAUGGGAGCUUGGCCUGAUGAACGGUCACAUUCCUCAGGAAUAUGGUGGAAUGGGUUUGUCUAUCUUUGACAACUGCCUCAUCACAGAAGAGCUGGCUUAUGGGUGCACAGGAGUACAGACUGCUAUCGAAGCAAACUCUCUGGGACAAAUGCCUGUCAUUAUAGCUGGCAGUGACGCACAGAAGAGAAAAUAUCUGGGAAGGAUGGCUGAGGAGCCUCUCAUGUGUGCGUACUGUGUGACAGAACCGGGGGCGGGCUCUGAUGUGGCUGGUCUCAAGACCCGAGCUGUGAAGAUGGGCGAUGAGUAUGUUGUGAACGGGCAGAAGAUGUGGAUCACCAAUGGUGGGAAAGCUAACUGGUACUUCCUGCUGGCCCGCACCAACCCAGAUCCUAAAUGUCCAACCGGCAAAGCUUUUACUGGCUUUAUUGUGGACGCAGACACUCCAGGAAUUCAAGUAGGAAGAAAGGAGAUGAACAUGGGUCAGAGGUGCUCUGACACCAGAGGCAUCACCUUUGAGGAUGUGAGGAUACCGAAGGAGAACGUCCUGAUCACAGAGGGAGCUGGCUUCAAAAUCGCCAUGGGUGCUUUCGACAACACUCGGCCACCGGUGGCAGCAGGAGCAACAGGCCUGGCACAGAGGGCACUUGAUGAAGCUACCAAUUAUGCACUGGAGAGGAAGACCUUUGGCAAAGUUAUUGCUGAGCACCAGGCUGUUUCCUUCCUCUUGGCUGAAAUGGCGAUGAAGGUGGAGCUGGCCAGAAUGGCAUACCAGCGGUCCGCCUGGGAAGUGGACCAGGGCCGCAGAAACACCUACUACGCCUCCAUCGCCAAGGCUUUCGCUGGAGACAUCGCCAACCAGGUGGCCAGUGAUGCCGUCCAGGUAUUUGGAGGCAACGGCUUCAACAGUGACUACCCAGUAGAGAAGCUGAUGAGAGAUGCCAAGAUCUACCAGAUCUACGAAGGGACAGCUCAAAUCCAAAGACUCAUCAUUGCCCGAGAACACCUGGGAAGAUUCAAGAAAUGAACACUGCACACCUGAUUGAUCCACAUUCAAACUUACUUUGUUGUAACUUUUCUAUACAAGGGUCUUUCUGGGAAAAUAGAUGUAGUCAUCUAAACUCAGGAUCUAGUUGUAGAAUGUUGUUUGCCUUAACAAUAUUUCAUCCUGCCUUGCUUUUUUUGAACUCAUCCAGACCCUGAGUUGGUUUCUCAUCAAAGAACAUUAAAACCCGUCCGCAAAACCUGUCAUCUUUUAUUGAAAGGUUUCUCAAAAUGCAGCUCAGAACUGUGGCCUUACUUUGUGACUUAAUGCGAUGAUAAGGAUCACCACUUUUAGGCAAAAGAUCACAUGACCUUGUCCUGCCAGGCUCCUGCCUCAGCAGGCUGUGAACUUGGAUAUGAACAAACUUUGUGGAUGCAAUGCAAAGUUUCCACACUGUAAAGGCAAUUCCAUUUCUGGUUUUUACAAAUCCAUUUUUCACCUGAAUGUGUUAAACAGUGUCUAUUGAUUUGUUUUAACAGCUGUAAAAAAAAAAAGUCUGAAAAUGGUUUUCUGUCUGAUUUAUUUAAAUCAGUGCUACUUUUGAUGCCAUUUGUUGUACAUUACUACCCAAUGUCCACAGUUACCCACUGCAUUAACCAUGGAUGUAAUAUGCAGGUAAUGGUUCAGCUGUCAAGAUAACAUGCCAUUCACUUUGUGACUACACUUUUGACCUAUGUUAAAUUCUAAGCUUUGACGACUGUAUAUCAUCCAUUUAUUAAAUUAUUUCACUUGAUCUACAACUGA